UUUGGCGGCGAGUGUCUAGAACCUGAGAUCUGGUCGAUUUUGGUUCUUGGCGACCAUAUCAAAAUUAUCAGAUUAUCUCGGCAUAAAUGCACCCGAUAAAAUGGUAGGAGCCAAUUUCUUCAUUUCUCAGUGAUAAUAGCGAAUUCACCUAGACGAGGCUCACCACAGACUCAAUCUCCCUCCCCGCCCGCGGAGUAUACAGGGUUCCAAAAAGCGUUCACUCCUUAUGUGCAAUCAAAUUACCCCAAGCAUUUCAUCAGCCCACCACCAAGAUACUCUGACAUGUUCCCCUUCGCAUCGCCUUUGAGCACAGGAUCGUCAAGUUCCUCAGAAUCCCUGGACAGUAAUAGCAACUACAUGUCUAUGGGUGACGACCUAGACCACAUCACCCCCACCCUACCCCCGGUAAUGCCAAAUGGACAUUUCGAGGAGACCAUAGCAGAGGAAGAAGCGAAUGAACGGUUAUUUUACGAUCUGUAUGGCACUCUAAGUAGCCUGGGGUACCCGCUGAUACAAGGAAACGCAGGCGACUACGGACAAGAACAAACGCUCACUGAACUCACAAACAUGCCUUUACACGGAGAGGGAUUGGGCACUAGCGGAGGUGACAUAGGUGUUAUGUCGCCGUUUGAAAUGGCAGCUAUGGACGUGAAGAACAGCGUUUGUAGCGGUUUUCAGGCCGGACUACUGCGAAUGCUGCAGUCAGAGACAAACACAAACAACAAAGGACUUGAUCUGAUGCCACUCUCACAAGUCCACACCAAACCAGAAAAAAGCUUCAUAAACACCGGUUUCCCCACGUAUGGCCAGACUACACCGAAGAUCUUGGUGUUCUCAGAUCCCUACAUCCAGUUCUCAUUCAGGAAGCCAGGUUGAUAUUGCGGAGCUCGCCAGACUUAUGGCAGAAACCAAGAGCCAAGUGGAUCCACCAGACUGCAGUCUGCUUGUCCGUCUCUUCUACGAUGAAAAAGAGGUCACAAACUUUGGUCUUGGAAAGAGCGACUUUAACUGGCGGAUGUGUUACGGAAAACCGGUCAAACCGGAUCCAGACUGGAACCUAAGCCUGUACAGCCAGAUUUACGGGCCACCAAGCGCCAAGUUGAUUGAGUUCCCGCAAAAGACGUGCUCAAAGGAGACGGAGAUGGUUCUGAUGAACUUCAACCGCGGACUUGUUCUUGAGAUGAUGCCAGAGGGAAACUUGUGGGUCAAAAGACUUAGCAUUUCAAAGGUGUAUUAUGUUGGCUCAUCCAAGCAGCCAGAGAAGUUACUUCGCGAGAACAGCACCAAAGUGUUCGACUUUGAAGACUUCCAAAGGAGGCUCCGCAGCAGUAAGAAUGGUAAAUGCGCACCACCAAGCUAUGACGUCACCUUCACACUCGGUCAGCCGAAUGGGGGACUGGUGUGUAUUGUGGUCACGCAUGCGCUUGCGAAGCAAAUGAUGUUGGAACAGCAAUCAGGCGAGCAAUUCAUUUCGGAUCCAAACAAUAACGAUAAACUCGCUAGUGACAUGCAGAGUCAGCUGAGAUAGAUAAAGAGUCUUGUUACUAAAAAGUUACCAAAUGAUUUUUAAUACGGUAAAAUGUCAAGAAAACAAUUAUGGAUAAAAGGCAUACUAAAGGCGUCUUCUUUUCGUGUACCGUUUCAAAUGAAAAUGAACAAAGUCGAGUGUUUCAUAUUCAUUUCCGCACAUUUGCAUUUGGAACGGCACAUGAAAGGAACGGCGUCUUAAUUUUACCUUACAGUCAUAAUUAAAAAUUUACUUUACUUUAUUGUCGCAAAAAAAGUUAUUAUGGUGAUGGUUACGAUGGAAGAAAAUAUAAUGCAUGUUUAUAAUAGCGUAUAGCCACAGUGAGACUUUGCAUCUAGAUAGAGCUCGAUACUAAUAUUAUAUAUUCUUCUUUUAUAAAGAAAAUCAAAAAAACUAAACCCAUAUAGAAACUAA